CUAAUAUUGACGUUAUGUGAUAGUGAUUAUUAUUGGUGAACUUUAUAGAACUGCAUGUUAAUUAAGAAAAUGAUAAGAUCGUACUACAUUUGAAUGUCGGCCAUAUUGUCGCGAACGGUAACCCGGUGAUGCGCGGCGCGGACGCCACGAUGAGCUCAUUCCUCAUGAACGGUGGAUACCAGCCGCAGCCCGAUCCUAAAUUCCCGCCUUCUGAAGAAUACAGCCAAGCAGACUACAUCCCACCUGGAGAGUACUACCAACAUCAGCACUUACAAUACGGUUACCAACAUCAAUAUGCGCCGGUUCAGAUUGGAACAGGGUAUGGAUACGGUGGUUACUACCAUCCAUUGCCCCAGCAUCCGCCCGUCGCUCCACCGCCUCGACCGCCAGAGCCGUCGCACCCAUCAGACGCGGAUCAUGGCUACGUUUCCCAUAGUACUGAAGCUGCACCUGGUCUUGCGGAGCUCGGCUUACGUCUGGAGAGGCACAUUGAAGAGGCUGCGCCCGCCGGUAGAAAACUGCACGCAUUGGGUCGCGAAGGCUCGCCUGUAUCCGAGAUGGAUGAUGAAAGACUUCUCCUAGAUAGCCCUCCGGUAGAUGACGAUGACUCCUCAAUUUGCUCGGACAAUACGGAUAGAGUUAUAUAUCCAUGGAUGAAGAAGAUUCACGUUGCUGGUGCUUCUAAUGGCACAUUUCAACCCGGAAUGGAACCGAAAAGACAACGAACAGCAUACACCAGACACCAAAUAUUAGAGCUCGAAAAAGAAUUCCACUACAAUCGGUAUUUAACACGAAGAAGAAGGAUAGAAAUAGCCCACACUCUAGUCUUGUCUGAAAGGCAAAUCAAAAUAUGGUUUCAAAACAGACGGAUGAAAUGGAAGAAGGAUAACAAAUUGCCCAAUACCAAAAACGUUAGAAGAAAAACGAAUCCAGCCGGGGUCACGACCACGACCACUAAAGGAGCCACACCAAAGAGUAGAUCUAAUAAGAAUACUAAUAACAAUGAUAAGAAAAAGUCCAAUAACAAUGGUCGACCAGAUAGCAUAGAGAAUGUUACUGAUAAUAUUAUGAAUGACUUACAUUGUGUCGGAGCGCAGAAUCUAUCGCACGAUCCGGCGAUAAGUCCGAUGACUCAUCCCGGUAGCCAAAUGACUCCGGGACAUCCGAUGACGCCACAUCAUUUGCACAUGAUGAGUAUGCACGCAGGCAUGGACCCCAGUAUGGUAGCCAAUCUCUCGGCUCAUGGAUCCCCUGUGGGUAACACCGGCUGUGGCACGGGUAUGAACUCCGCCAACCCACCAGUCAUCAAAUCUGACUACGGACUGACCGCCUUAUAAUCCUUAUAAAUGUAUAGAAAAGAAUACUAUAUUUUCAUUAAUGAACUAU